UACCAAAAAAUUCGUUAUAUUUACUAAUUAUUCCUCUCAGUGUAGCAACAGCUAGCAAGUUCAACUUGUGGAUCUGUGUUUAUAUCAGUAUUAUAAAUGGCUUGUAAUGGUUGUUCGAAAAGUUUUGGAUUAUUUCUCAGAGAGCAUGGCUGUCCCGUGUGCAAAUAUUCGUUUUGCUCUAAAUGUUUGAAAUUUUGUUUAACAAUUAAUGGCCACAAAAAAGAAGUUUGUCGCAGAUGUUAUGAACUCUCGAAAACUCAUAGCAUUGCAGCUAAUCAGAGAAGCGAUGUUGAACAUUCGAAUAGCCCACUUAAACCGCAUAAAGAAGCGAAAAAGAUUGAGCCUCAGACUAAAGUAGAAUCAACUGAGGCAUCAAAUUAUAAUGAUGAUCUAAUUCGAGAAAGAUUAGCGGCAUUGAAAGAACACGAUAAGAGUAACAACGAGAAUUCCAAUAAUGCAGGAUCUACUUUAGUCGAUAUAGAAAAAAGGCUCGCUGCUCUCAAAGGUGUUGAAUACAAGGAUUACUCCGGAACGAGUGGCAAACUGUUUAUGCAAAAAGACAAUCGAAGCCAAGAAGCACAGAUAACUGAUUUGAUGAAGCAAUUCGCCGAACAACACGAACUACAUGAUGCAAUGAGUAAUUAUCGAUUGAAGUCCAUUGAGGAUAUCGAAAAACGUUUAGCAAACUUGAGAGAUGAUUCUCCAGUACCUAAGGUAGUAGAAACACCAAACACCCAAAGCUCAUUAAAUGUAGAAAAUGAAGAAGAAACCGAUGACGAAAUUGCGAAAAAAAUAGCUCAGCGGUUUUUGGAAGAAGCAGAAAUUGAGGCAAAACAAUCCCCCAAAGAAAACAAUGAACUAUUCAUCACUUUAGACGUUCCAACUCCUCCGAACGUUGCUGACCUUCAGGAACUCCCAUGGUGUACAAUAUGUAAUGAAGAUGCCGUGGUUCGGUGUAUCGGGUGCGAUGGGGACCUAUAUUGUAGAAGUUGCUACAAGGAGUAUCAUGAUGACGAGGAAUAUAGGAAGCAUGAGACCAAACUCUAUAAAAACACUGAAUAAUCAUUUUUAGUAGUUUAUUGAGAAAUGAAGAAAAUUUAUAUAUAAACGUCUUAUAAUCGGAAUAGGACUAAACUAUAAUAAACUGUUGAAGAUUUUUUUAGUUUUCGA